UUGCGCCUGGACACCUUCGCUAGCUCGCCUCGGGGGUGUUUUUUUGGGGUUUUUACUGGUUUUUGGACUGCCCCCGCCUCGGGACAAGCGUGCGGGAGUGGGGUACAGCCGGACCCCCCCCCGGCGCCUCCUCGCCCAAGUGAGCCUCGGACUGCUGCCCGAAGAACCGGCUCGCCCAGCACCUUUGCCACUUCUCCUCCUCCUCUUCCUCCUCCUCCCCCCGGCCCUCCCGUCCUCCUCCCUCGCCCGAGGACAGCGGGACUCCCUCCGAUGCCGCUCGGCAGGCUCAGCGCUCGCAGCCAGCCUUGCCGGGGGCUCUCCUGAUCUCCGUGGAGCUCCGCAGCGCUCGCCCCGGUGGUUUUGCUCCCCCCCAUCCCUCCUCUCCACCCACCCCUUCCCCCUUUUCGCCGUGUCGGGUGUGUUUUUUGCCUGUUGGAAAAGUCCCCGCUGCCCAGGAUGGGGGUCGGUGGGUGCUUGGCCCUGCCCUGGAGGUGCCUGGUCGUCCUCUGUCUCAGGCUGCUCUUCCUUGUGCCCGCAGGAGUGCCCGUGCGCAGCGGAGAUGCCACCUUCCCCAAAGCCAUGGACAACGUGACAGUGCGGCAAGGGGAGAGCGCCACGCUCAGGUGCUCCGUGGACAACCGGGUGACCCGGGUGGCCUGGCUGAACCGCAGCAGCAUCCUCUAUGCCGGCAAUGACAAGUGGUGCUUGGACCCUCGGGUGGUGCUCCUGGCCAACACCAAAACCCAGUACAGCAUCCAGAUCCAGGAUGUGGAUGUGUACGAUGAGGGCCCCUACACCUGCUCUGUGCAGACAGACAAUCACCCCAAGACAUCGCGUGUCCAUCUCAUCGUGCAAGUGUCUCCAAAAAUCACCGAGAUCUCUUCUGACAUCUCCAUCAAUGAGGGCGGCAACGUCAGCCUCACCUGCAUAGCCACGGGCAGGCCAGACCCAACAAUCACCUGGAGACACAUCUCACCCAAAGCCGUGGGCUUCAUCAGCGAGGAUGAGUACCUGGAGAUCACGGGAAUCACACGGGAGCAGUCGGGAGAGUACGAGUGCAGCGCCUCCAACGAUGUCUCAGCGCCCGUCGUCCAGCGAGUCAAAGUCACCGUCAACUACCCUCCGUACAUCUCGGAUGCGAAGAGCACCGGGGUGCCGGUGGGGCAGAAGGGCAUCCUGCUGUGCGAGGCCUCCGCUGUCCCCUCCGCCGACUUCCAGUGGUACAAAGAUGACAAGCGACUGGCUGAAGGACAGAAAGGGCUGAAAGUGGAGAACAAAGCCUUCUUCUCCAGACUGACUUUCUUCAACGUCUCUGAGCAGGAUUACGGCAACUACACCUGCGUAGCCUCCAACCAGCUAGGGAACACCAAUGCCAGCAUGAUCCUCUACGAAGAGACAACUACUGCUCUGACACCCUGGAAAGGCCCUGGCGCAGUGCACGACGGGAACAACGGCGCGUGGCGGCAAAGCGGCUGCGCGUGGCUGCUGCUCCUCCCGCUUGCCCACCUGGCCCACCAGUUUUGACCCGAGAGCCGGCCCGCGGAGUAGCGGCAGCGACGACCACGGCCAGCGAGUGCAAGCAGAAAGGAGAGGAAGAAAAGGAGAAGAAGAAGUGUUCACCGUUUCCGAAAAUAAUCAUAAGAAUUGAGAGAGUAUCCGGCCAGGCCACCUGGGGGAGGGGAAGAGAGGAAAAACAUGCAAAAAAAACAACAAAAAAAAAAAACCACUAUGGGAAUUUGGAAUGGAGAGAAAAGGGAAAAAAUUAAUAAUCCAAGGCUUCCUGCUGAAGAUGCAAUGCGACUGAGUCUUUUUCUUUCCACCCUAUUUUUUUUUUUUUUUUUUUUGUCCCCUACCACUUUUUCCCCGUUUUUGUUGUUCUCUGCCACGGGCCAGCGUGGAGGAUGGACGGGGCCAUCGGAGUGUGGCACUUGUCCCCUACCCUGUCCUCUUCACUGCCGCCACCCGCCUGCUCCCACCCGUGAGACCCUCCAUCCAGACACACGGGUUUUCUCCUUUGCCAAGAUUUCCCCGUCUUCUCAUGGACUGUGCCGCCAUUUGUGUUUCAGAAUAUAUAUACAUAUAUAUAUAUAUAUAUAUCUCCAUGUAUACAUAUAUAUAUGUAUAGAUAUAUAGAUCUUCAACAGUUACCACACCACCACGAAAGGAAAGGGAGGAAGGAGACGGGCGUCGAGCCACGCUUUCAUCGUACCAUCCGCGGACAUCAUGAAUGAUAAGGGAUUCUGAGUCAUGGUUAAUUUUAUUAAUUGUAUUUUCUGAUACGAGCCUAGAACUCUUAGUUCCUAAAAAACAGAAAUGCAAAAAAAAAAGUGGGGGGGAAAAAGAGAAAAAAAAAAGAGGAAAAAAAAACAAUCCAGGAGAGGGGGAGCAAGCGGAGAGAAGUUUGUUUGCCGAGGAGGCGACCAGCCAAGGAGGUUUGUGAGCCCGGCAAGGAGGAUGAGGAGGAGUCCUGUGCUGAAACACCCCCAAAACCGGCCCAAAAGCGGUUGUCUGGACAGUUCCUGCCGAGGGCACAGACGACACUCGCCGCGCGUUGAGGUGGAGGGAGAUACUGAAUCUUUUUAUGGGAUAUAUAUAUACAGUAUAUAUAAAUAUACAUAUAUAUAUAUAUAAUUUUCUUUUUUGUUAGAGUUCUAGCCACAGUUCCCAGCAGGGUCCUUCCGCUGCCAUUACUGCAUGCUGUAUAUGGAGUUAGGUGUGUAUCGGUUCUCAACGAGACAAGCGUCUCGGUCCACACAUCCCUGAACCCCCUCGCCUUUCCACCCUCGGGUCACCGGGGACAAAGGGUCAUGGGGAACCAGGGCCCCUCUCUGUCGCUUUUUGCCGCAUGGCCCUGGCCUUUUUGCGGUGGAAUAAAGCGAGCUGAGGGACAGAGGGAGAUCUAUAUAGCUCAGUUUUAUAUUUUUAUAUAUAUAUAUAUAUAUAUAUACAUAUGUGUAUGUAUAUGUGUGUGUGGGCGUGCGUGUGUGUGUGUGUAUAUAUAUAUAUAUAUAUAUAUAUAUAUUAAAAAAACAAAACAUCACAAAAGAAAUAAGAAAAAGAAGACGAAGCAACUGGCCCCUGCCGAGGCGCAGGACCUGUUGCCUCGCCGUCCAUUUCAGCGGGGGUUUCUCCUGCAAUUGGUUUUCCUCCUUCAAUUUCCUUUCCUUCCCUGCGGCCGGCGGCGGGGGGCACGCGGGGGGCCCGGGCGCGGGCAGGCAGGCGGCGAGGGGGCUCUCUCUGCCUAUCCAUUAAAACGAUUGUUCCAUGUG